ACUUUUCAUGCAAAGCACAACCAUCCUCCAUUUUCUUCCAAAUUAUCCUUAUCCUUCUCAAAUUAAUUAGGUAGCCUUGAAAUUUUGUUGCUCUUAAAAUCAACAAGAAAAUCCAUCAUGAAAGCACAACAUCCUAAUGAAGCACAACCAAACGUACAACCCAAAAAGCACCACGUACCCCUCAACCAAACCCCGCCGUCUCCUCCGCAUGAAUUCUCCUUCACCAUCUCCCUCCACCAGCCGGCCGCCGCGAAACCCUCUCCUCCGCCAUUUGCCGCCGCGAUCGACCUAUCUCCGGCUGACGAUAUUUUUUUCCACGGCCACCUCCUCCCCCUCCACCUCCUCCACCACCUCCCCGUCUCGCCGCGCUCCUCCACCAACUCCGUCGACAGCUUCACUCUUCCGAUUAAAGAGCUAUUAAACAAUAACAACAACAAUAACAGCGGAGGCGAGAGCCGCCACGUGGUGGAAGGAAAGGAGAGAGGAAAAUCGAAAUCCUUCUCUCUCCUCGGAAUUCGAAAAAAGGAGAGAAAAGACGACGGCGACGACGUCCACAUCAGCAGCGAUAAUCGCAAUAAACAGCAAUCGACGGAGAAGCGGAAAUCGAGAUUCGAGCUGAUCAAGAGGUACGUGCGAUUCGUGACGGCGUUUCUGUCGCCGCUGCGGCGGCGGCGGCGGAGCUCCGGCGAGAUUAUCCGGCAGCAGCCGUAUUCGUAUUCGGGGAAUAUUAGGGUUAGAAAGAGGGGGAGCGUGAUGAGGGGGCGGAGGGGCGAAUUCUCGGCGCCGGCGUCGAUGAGGACCUCCCCGGGGAACAGCGGGAUGCUGCAGGUGGUGAGCGGCGCCACCACUCCGACGGCGGGGAAGAGCGAUAGCACGAUGGAGGAGCUGCAGGCGGCGAUUCAGGCGGCGAUCGCUCAUUGUAAGAAGUCUAAUGCGGUGGAAGAUAAAAGCAAGAGGCAGCCAUAAUUUUACUGUUUAAUUAAAUUGAAUUUUGCAUAGUUUAAAUUUAUUGUAAAAAUUGUUACAGAGAUAAUAAAAAUAGAAUGCGAUGUUUUAGUAAUAGUGAUAAUGCACGAAAUGGAAUUUGCGCGAUCGGAACUUUAGGAUUGAAGAAAUUAGUUGUCGGAGGCGGAGCUGUUGAUUUAUAGAGUUUUUUUACGGUAUUUAUGGACUGACGGUGAGGUUAGUCGAUCAUGCCGACUAUCCCAGUCUACUUACUUAGAACUGUUACUAUUUGGUACUAUGAAUAAUUGACGUAUCAUUAUCGAUGGCAA